CUGUCCCUCUUUGUCCGGCAACGAGUAGGCCGUAUUUAUCAUGGCCAAUUUCGCGUUUGGGGAUUAAAAUUAAAUCACAUGUUGCAGAGUAUUAGAUACCUGACCUCAUUGGGCCUUUGGAACAGGUUCAGUUUUAUUUAAGCAUUUUCACGUGCAAUUCAUACCUGGGGCGGCGGGAUUGAUGCUCGUUGGACCCGAGGAGGUAUACGUCAAUUACAAACAUUUCUUUAAAUGAACGGUGACAUGGCACCGCACCGACAGUCAUUUUAAUGGCGGGACAACAGGCGGGACAGAGUCAAGGAAAACGAGGCAAAGGUUCCCAGAUGAAGAGCCCAGAGAAAAAGAAGAGAAAAUCCAACUCUCAGGGGGCAGCGUUCUCCCACCUCUCUGAGUUUGCUCCCCCUCCCACACCUAUGGUGGAUCACCUGGUGGCCUCUAACCCUUUUGAUGAUGACUUUGGUCCACCAUUGCGGCCUGGUGGAGGAGGUGGUCCAGGUGGUGCCUCUUUCCUGCCCAGCCCAGGGGCAGGCGGAGGAGGCUACGGCGGGCCCGGCCGAAUGGGAGGAGGUAUGGGAUUCAUGGGUGGGCCUGGAGGACCUGGAGGUGGCCAACCUGGCCGAAGACCACCAUUUGGUCCCCCAACACCAAAUGCUGGACCUCACCACCCACUUGGAUUUGGAGGCAUGCCUGGCUUUGGAGGUGGAGGUGGAGGCGGAGGUGGUGGAGGAGGUUUUCCACCUGGAGGGCCAUCCCAGUUUAACAUACCACCCAAUUUCAGCCCUCCCAUGCACCCUGGGCAAGGCUUCAACCCGAUGCUGUCUCCUGGAGGAAUGGGCGGUGGUCCAGGAGUCGGAGGAGGUCCGCCUCACCCACGGUUUGGGAUGCCUCAACAACUGCCUCCACAUGGACAGGGGGGCCAUCCCUUCAACAGCCCACCUUUACCUGGGGGCCCUGGCCCUCGUGGACCCCCGCAUGGCCCCAUGAACCCUAUGGGAGGUAUGGGAGGAGGAAUGAACAUGAUGGGAAUGGGUGGUCCAGGUGGACAUGGUAAUAUGGUGGGCGGACACCCAGGUAUGCCUCCACAAGGACAGUUCCCUCCUGCGCAAGAUGGUCCAUACCCUGGAUCAAGUCCCCCUGUUGGCGAAGAGGGAAAGAACUUUGGUGGUCCAGGUGGUGGUCCACCCAUCCCCUCUCAACAGCAACCAACCAACCUUAAUCCCUCUGGUCCUCCAUCCAACAAUGCAACCCCUGGUCCAUCCCCAGCCCCUGGACCUCCACAGCCUGGAGGAGGUUUCCAAGGUCAUCCAGAUGUCCCACAACCCAACCCCAACACACCAGGGCAACCCCAGUCGGCUCCUCCACCCCUCAAUCCCAACUCUUCCCCAACGGGCCCCCUUAAUGGUCCACAGCCCCAACAAACGCCAACCAAUCAGCAUCCUGCACCCAACUCUACUGGUGGCCCUGGCCCCAACACUCCAUCCAAUCAGCAGCAAACAACACCCCCAAACUCUACCCCUGGAUCUGUACCAUACAGCCAGCAAAACAAUGCUCCAGGAGGGUCAAUGCCAAACCAGCCACCCAAUUCCAACCAGAACAACCUUAACAACAGCAGUGGCGGCAACACUCCAGGUAGUAACCCCAAUCCUCCAUCCAAUUCCAACUCCACACCGAACACCCAGUCCCCAAUUCCCAGUGGGCCUGCUCCGCCAACUUCUGGCCCAGGCUCCGGUCCCCCAAAGCUUGGUGGAGGUAUGGUUUUCCCCUGUGGCCUCUGCAUGUCAGAAGUUCACGACGACCAAGAGGCCAUCUUAUGUGAGGCAUCAUGCCAACGCUGGUUCCAUAGAGACUGCACAGGCCUAACGGAGCCAGCAUAUGGCCUGCUAACCAGAGAGAGUGCUGCUGUGUGGGCCUGCGACUUCUGCCUCAAAACAAAAGAGAUUCAAGCAGUUUAUGUGCGCCAGGGACUGGGACAGCUUGUGGCUGCCAAUGAUGGCUGAGGGACUGCUAUAGAGAGAAGGGGAAGUGUAUUUCUUGGUGCUCAAAGGUUGUGGUUCACGGUUAGAAAUGAUAAAAUUGAAAUGGAACUGAAAAAUAGGAAUUCUAACCAGACAUCAUUAGCACUUUUAGGGCCCCCGUUUCUAAAUAAAGUCCAAAAACCUGGUGUGGAGAACUUUGAAAUCUUUGUAUAUAGUAUACCAUGGCACACUUUCAAACUUUCAGGUUUCUUCCGUUUUUAGAUUGCACUCACUGGUCUUCAUUUGUCACAAAAAUGUGGAGAAUUGGAUUAGUAAUUUGAAAGAGCUGUCCAACCCCCAAAGAGCUGUCCAACCUUCUUUUUUCUGUUUCAAACUCCAACUUGUUGAUCUGCAAAGCACUGAUGCCAACUGCUACCUCAAUUUGACAAAAGUCUGGCAAAGAACGCUUUGGCAUUAACUAAUGUUAUGGCAAGAGUCUGUAGUCACCACAUGACCUCUCCUCUCAGUGAUCUCUGUUUUGGUAUAUCAGAAGGUAACUGGCAGCAUCCUGCACCUUUGAUUGACAAAAAGCAAAUAAAGGCAUGUAGAUAAUGAAUAUUCACUAUGUCCAUUUUGGAAUACUGGUGAGAUCUUCAAAAGACAGAAAUUAGGGUCUUGCUAUUAUUGGUCAAUAAAACUCUUGAUUGUUUUUCUUCAUGUACAGCUACUCACUGUUUUUUCACACAAAAGUGGACAUUGGUGGAUGAUGGCAUAGCGAAUAGUGAUAAUCCAUAACUGUAUCAGUGUAUGUAUGUAGUCUUUGGAUUGCAUGUGAGCCAAUGCAGUACUUCGUCAGAUCUGUUUUGAAUUGUUACUUUCUGAUGUUCCGAUUAGGCCUCAUCCUAGGCUAUGAAGUAGACCAAAUAACAGACAAAAUCAGAUGUUGUCACAGAGUAAGAUGUUUGCCAAUUUUUUUUUUCUAUUUUUGAUUUCUAUAUUUCUGUCUAAGUUGCCUUUUCUUAUUUGUUAUUUUGAAUGUACCUGUGUGUAUGCUGUUCUGUGUGCUUGCUCUGGAGCCCUCUAUUUGGCCAGCGUUGAGUAGUAAUAUGGGGGUGUUCGGGGCUCAGGUUCAUACUGAAAGAAGUAAAC